CCCCCCCUUUUUUUUUCUCGUUUCUUUAUUCUCCCUCCCAAUCGUGCUGCAUUUUAUUUUUUAUUUUUUGAUAACACCUAUUUUUUUUUCUAUUCCCGUAAAAAACCUAUCCUGGUUUUUAUUCUUCUUUCUAAAAUAAGCAAUGCAGUCAUCCAACUAUUACCCACAGCCGCCGCCAGCUGUACUUUUAGCCCAGCAGCAGCAGCUUCAACAACCGUUACAGAUAAGAUACACUUCCUCUGGAAGCAAUAACAGCGGGAGGUCACCUGAAAUGAUCAUGGAUAAUCCCACCGAAAACGAUAUUGAGGAUGACUCGGAUGAGACUGACAAGAAACCCGGUAAAAGAACGGGACGUCGCAAGAUCAAGAUUGAAUUUAUCGAAGACAAAACUCGCAGACACAUUACCUUUUCAAAAAGAAAAGCGGGUAUUAUGAAAAAGGCGUAUGAGCUGAGUACGUUAACAGGCACUCAAGUGCUGUUACUCGUUGUCUCGGAAACGGGUUUGGUCUAUACGUUUACAACACCUAAGCUGCAACCAUUGGUUACUAAACCGGAGGGCAAAAAUCUUAUUCAAAGUUGUUUGAACGCGCCCGACAGUCAGGAAGCCUCGGCCGAGGUAGGAUAAACUCUUUUUCGCUUCUCGUCUUAUCCCUCCUACCCUAUGCUCGUGUCUUCUUCUUUUUCUUUAUAUGUGUAAUCCCAACGAACAUUAUACCGAUCAAUCACGCUCGAGGAGGAAAAUGCACUAAGUAGUAAAAAGCUACCUUUAUCAUUCUCGUCUUUGGUCCCCUCUUUUAUGUUUAUGUAAUAACCCACGCAAAAAAAAAUAUCUCAUACCUCU